AACCAUAGCAACCUGCAAGGUGACAGGGCAGAGGUCAAAAUAACCAUGGCAACCAGUAGUAGUGGAAUGAAGCUUUGGUCGUCAGUCACUGUCUGAAAAUUAAAAACAAAAUGAGCUAUGAGGACAAAGGACAGCUGAGCGCCGAGAACUUCAAGACUUUUCUCCUGAAAGACGCCUCCAAGAGCCACCGGAACCUCUAUGACCACCUGACACGUGUGCUGAUGAAGGUGAUGGACGAGCGGCCGGAAAAUGCAGUGGAUGUGAUUGAGGAUUUGAGCCAAGAAGUGAAGCGGAGCGAGUGUGAGAUCAGCCAGACUACGCUGCAAAAUCUUCCCCAGCCCACCGCUGCUGAUUCGCUGGUUGAGCCUCAGCGGCUGUUGUAUUCUCAUGGAGAUGAGGUGGACCAAGAGGAUGAACUGGUGGAUGCACUGCUCCCGCAUGUCAAUGAGACUGGUUUCUACCUGGAGCAGGCUGGUGUGGGUUUUGGAAGAGAAGAGUUACAGCGGAUCUCUCUUGCACUAAAACAGCUUGUUGAGUCCCAGUUGCUGCAGCGCUGCCGACUAUGGGGGAAGAUUCUGGGCAUGGAAAGCAGCUACAUUGUUGCUGAAGCUGAGUCUAAAGAGGCUGAAGAAGAUGUGGAGCAGAACACAGAGGAAUUGGCUGAAGAAGAAAGUGAGGGGGAUGCUCAGAGGAAUGAGAUUGAUCCACUUCCUCAGUCAACCUAUAAGCCUCCAUUGAUUGUGCCAAAAGAAGCCCCUGGAACAGGUGCAAACACAUUUGUAUACUAUGUGUGCAAAGAGCCAGGUCUUCCUUGGGUGAAGCUGCCUUCAGUCACUCCGGCACAAAUCAGAGCUUCUCGACAAAUUUACAAGUUCUUCACUGGGAACCUGGAUGCUCCAGUUGUGAGCUACCCGCCGUUCCCUGGGAAUGAGGCCAACUAUCUUCGAUCACAGAUUGCCCGCAUCUCUGCUGGCACACAGGUAAGCCCUCAUGGGUUCUUCCACUUUAUGCAAGAGGAAGGGGUUGAAGAAGAUGAGGCACCCAGUGACAGCUAUGAAGUCAAUCCUGAUUUUGAGGGCAUUCCAGCUGUUGAAAUGACUGAGUCACUGGCGACCUGGGUUCAUCAUGUUCAGCACAUCCUUCAGCAGGGACGGUGUACAUGGACUAACCCUGCUUUAAUACCAGGGGAAAAGCCUAAUGAGGAAGAAGAGGCUGAGGACAUGAACGAGGUGGUCGAGGAUCCCGACGUAGAAGUGGGACCACCUCUGUUGACUUCUCUUUUGCAAGACACAGACUUGUUUGACACUCCUCCUUGGAGCUCAAAGAUGUCGUCCACUCUGAUCCCGCAGCACGCCAUCGCCGUGCUGCGUUCAAACCUCUGGCCAGGAGCCUGUGCAUACGCUUGUGGAAAGAAAUUUGAGAACAUCUACAUUGGUUGGGGCGUGAAGUUUUCGGGUGAAGGAUACGACCCGCCUGUGCCACCACCUCCACAGCAGCAGCACGCGAGUGGACCAGAAACCAGCGAAUCCCUGGAUCCAACUGUGGAAGAGGAGCAGGCUCUGAGAGAGGCCUUGGAGGAGAAGCACGCUGCUGAAGAAGAGAUGUAUGACACAGAGGAAGAAGAUGACGACUAAAUAAGGAGAGUUUUACUGCAAAUAAAUAAAUCAGUUUCUUCAGCUCUUUGAACGUUUGUCAUUUUAGUUAAGGUUAAUAUAUUUGAAGGCAAAAUGUCAAGUGGAGGCAGUGUGCUUACAUUAAAGUUCUUGCUUUUGUGAAUAAAGCAUGAGCAGGUUCAUUAAUGGAG